CUUUGAGACUGUUAACUUGUAACCUUUGACCCCGCCUAAACUUAAAGAACUGGCCUACCCGCUUCGAACUUAGAUACAUUUCCAUUCAUAUCCUUCCAUAUUCCCAUAGGAUUUCCCAUUCAAUCAUCAACCCUUCAACCAUUCAAUUUCCAACCAUAGUUGAUUGACCUUCUUCCACCUAACAACCCAUCGACUUGAUCAUCUUACCAUACUACGAUAUCACCACCAUCCGAAUUUUUCGAAUCGAAUAGACAAUUCAUCAUUACAGCCCUAUUUCUCCAUCCCUAGUCCGAUUUCAUAUCGGCUGCCUUCUGGCCCACUAACGUGCGGUCUACUCCUUCGACGCACACACUUGGGGUCCUUUGUCUCUUAAUGUCGGGCGAUUCUUCCGGACAGCCCCCUUCAAGCCCUGGACCUUAUCGCACCGCGGACGAAAUAGUGCGUUCCAUACUCGAUGGUGAUGCUUCACCCUCCGACAUUAGUCCUUCCGGAGAGUUAUAUCGGGCUAUAGAGAGGUACUAUCCUUACCCUCGGCCCACUAGCAAUACACGGCCGGAUCUUGCCCGGAAUCACUUCGGUCGUUUAAGCCAGCGGUCCUCCUUGCGGAACAGUAUGCCAUUGGAGCCUAUUUCGGAAACCCAGAGAAGAUUUUUAAGAGAGUCGCAGAAUCCUGACACAUCGCCUCUAUACAAUUUAGCUCCUUCACCUCCCUACCUACCGCCCCUACGCUCGUUGACUAGUACCCGACGAUCCAUAGCUAUGCCUGUGUCUGGUGGUGUACCUGGUGGGCGACAUGCGCGACCACGCUCAGACCGAUAUUCGGCUAGGCUCCGUGGCGCGCAUGAGAAUCGGAACGAAGCAGCUGAAGAAGCCGGGGAGUUCUGGGAGCGUCUUGAACCCCAACCUUUUGAGCGAAUUUCACGUGGUACCCGGCGAUCUGCCGCAGCCCAAAUACCCGAUACACAAACACCCGAUGAGGAACGUCAACGAGAGGCCAGUUCACAACUAGAAGCGCUUCUAGAUUUUACCAAUUCUACGCUUCCAUACUCCGAGCUUGCUUUCUCAUCACCACCACCACCUCCUCCUCCCCCACAAGACCCUACAGAGGAUAACCGAAGAGCCAAGAGGCGCAAAAUAGAUUCGGACCGUUUAAGUAGCGGUUUUCAAGGCUUCCGAUAUGGAAAAUAUGGCCAGGUGGAACCAGGUCAGCUGACUAUGGAACUGGUAAGCUGCGACGGUGGCAUCUAUUCAGACGAUGGCCAGAGGUACGCCGCAGAGAACAUUCUCAAGAAUGACCAAACUGUCUAUUGCACCGAAGGACCGAGGUGUAAUAUCAUCCUGAGGCAUCAGGGCGCCACCGUGUUCACGCUAAAGGAAUUGGUCAUAAAGGCGCCCAGGUCCAAUUUUACCUCUCCUGUGCAGGAGGGCAUGGUCUUCGUUUCGAUGACAUCCGAUCAUCUCCUAACACGGACUGCCCAGUACCAAAUCCAGUACUCGACCUCUAGGAGUUCGCCUAGGCGCACGGAGCGCGAGUCUCAGCCCCUGACACCCAUCGUAUCCAUUAGACAUAAUGAAGAUGGGAGUACUAUGACCCAUGCGCAAAUCAGAGCGAGACGCCUAUACAACAUCUGGAUGGAAGACGAAGACAACAAUGUUCGGGUUGCUCAGAUUCCUUCGGAAUUUAAUGUGCCACCGCCGUUUAGGGUGACGACGGAGUGCAGCGAUGACGAAGGAGACGAACCAAUUCCCAGGGGCGAUUGGCGAGCACCGAAUAGGAUCGGUUCCUUGCCGUUUGAAAGUGAGACGAGUGAGGAUGAAGGCGGCCUAAACGACUAUUCAUUUAGUGAGGCGUACCACAGACUCCGGCGACGUCGCAACCGGUCAAACACAGCACUGGCGGAGGCGGUAGAAGCAGCACAGGUAGCUACGCAAGAAGCGGUUCGAGCUGUAGGUGGAGAACUGAUGGUUCCUCAUGCGCGGUUCUUCAUAGAGAGAAACAAGAGCAAGUGCACUAUCAAGUUUGAUCCCCCGGUAUCUGGGCGGUUCAUAUUACUUAAGAUGUGGAGUCCACAUCGCGACCCGGGUGCCAAUAUUGAUAUCCAGGCGGUUAUUGCGAAAGGGUUUGCUGGACCGAGGUAUUUCCCAUCUUUAGAAUUACGAUGAUACAAUCAGGGGCAGCAAUGAUGGGCAGCAAUGAUGGUAUUGCUCAAUGGGUUUACGGCCUGGUCAAUUGAAGAAUAGACGAACUAUGAAACAAUUUUGCUGAUACCAGCAUCAACAAACACAUGACCAUGGUAUCAAUCUCCUGUGGAGAGAUGUAGUGACACUCCUUUUUUAUGAGAUGUCAUCGCUUGUCGUGAAU